AUGGCACUGCCUGCGUGUGCAGCCCCGGAGCUCGGGCCGCCGCUGCAACCGGAGUGAGGAGCGCCCGCCCGCACCACCUGUCCCCGCCGGCAUUCCAGAGUGGAGGCCGAGUUGGCAGCGAGCCGGCCCGGCUCGGCCGCCGCCUCAGUCCUCGCGGGCCCUCCUAGGGGUGUGUCUGGCGGAUUCAACUCCCGGCCGCUCCUGGACGAGCCCCGAAACGCGUUUUCCUCCCUGGCGGGAGCCGCGCGCACCCCGCUCUUCGCGCUGCUGCCCCGAGGCCGCCGCAGGCGGAUGCACGACCUCAGGCGACGCUGGGACCUGGGCUCCCUCUGCCGGGCCCUGCUCACUCGGGGCCUGGCCGCCCUGGGCCACUCGCUGAAGCACGUGCUCGGUGCAAUCUUCUCCAAGAUCUUCGGUCCCCUGGCCAGCGUCGGGAACAUGGAUGAGAAAUCCAACAAGCUGCUGCUGGCUUUGGUGAUGCUCUUCCUCUUUGCGGUGAUCGUCCUCCAGUACGUGUGCCCCGGCACAGAAUGCCAGCUCCUCCGCCUGCAGGCGUUCAGCUCCCCGGUGCCGGACCCGUACCGCUCGGAGGAUGAGAGCUCCGCCAGGUUCGUGCCCCGCUACAAUUUCAGCCGCGGCGACCUCCUGCGCAAGGUAGACUUCGACAUCAAGGGCGAUGACCUGAUAGUGUUCCUGCACAUCCAGAAAACCGGGGGCACCACAUUCGGCCGCCACCUGGUGCGCAACAUACAACUGGAGCAGCCGUGCGAGUGCCGCGUGGGCCAGAAGAAAUGCACUUGCCACCGGCCGGGUAAGCGGGAGACCUGGCUUUUCUCCAGAUUCUCCACGGGCUGGAGCUGCGGGCUGCACGCCGACUGGACCGAGCUCACCAGCUGUGUGCCGGCCGUGGUGGACCGCAAGCGCGACGCCAAGCUGAGACCGGCCAGGAACUUCCACUAUAUCACCAUCCUCCGAGACCCAGUGUCCCGCUACCUGAGUGAGUGGAGGCAUGUCCAGAGAGGAGCAACAUGGAAAGCAUCCUUGCAUGUCUGCGAUGGAAGACCCCCAACCUCUGAGGAGCUGCCCAGCUGCUACACUGGUGAUGACUGGUCUGGCUGUCACCUGAAGGAGUUCAUGGACUGUCCCUAUAAUCUAGCCAACAACCGCCAAGUGCGCAUGCUCUCUGACUUGACCCUGGUAGGCUGUUACAACCUCUCUGUCAUGCCUGAAAAGCAAAGAAACAAGGUCCUUCUGGAAAGCGCCAAAUCAAAUCUGAAGCACAUGGCGUUCUUCGGCCUCACUGAGUUUCAGCGGAAGACCCAGUAUCUGUUUGAGAAAACCUUCAACAUGAACUUCAUCUCACCAUUUACCCAAUAUAAUACCACUAGAGCCUCUAGUGUAGAGAUCAAUGAGAAAAUUCAAAAGCGUAUUGAGGGACUGAAUUUUCUGGAUAUGGAAUUAUACAGCUAUGCAAAAGAUCUCUUUUUGCAGAGGUAUCAGUUUAUGAGGCAGAAGGAACACCAGGAAGCCAGGCGGAAGCGCCAGGAACAACGCAAGUUUCUGAAGGGAAGGUUCCUUCAGACCCAUUUCCAGAGUCAGGGUCAGAGCCAGAAUCAGAGUCAGAAUCCAAAUCCAAAUCCCACUCAGAAUCUGACUCAGAAUCUGACUCAGAAUCUGACUCAGAAUCUGACUCAGAAUCUGACUCAGAAUCUGACUCAGAGCUCGAAUCAGAAGGAGAACCGGGAAAGCCAGAAGCAGAACCCAGGUCAAGAGCAGAGCGAUGGCAACACCAGCAAUGGUACCAAUGACUACAUAGGCAGUGUAGAGAAAUGGCGUUAAAUGGCUCAGACAGGCUCUUGCCCACUUCUCCCAAAGCGCCAGUAAAAAUAUGGCAAAUCUCAAAAGAUGAGAGUGUCCAAACACAUCCUGCUUCCUUAAUUUGGGAAGUUAAAAAGUUAUGUUGCCUUUACAGUUGCCUUUCAAUUAAAUGUUAUACUGCGCGCGGGUAAAACAAAUCUCAAUAUGUAAUUAAAUUGUCUUCUUUUGGUUUUGGGGACUAUUUAUGAAAUCCAAAACCUAAACCAGACUCACCAGAAAUUGCUGUUUAGAUAUUUUGAGAAGUUCUUAAAUUAGUUACGGAGACAAAAUGAAAACAUAAAAUGUUACCAGUUAACUUAUGGCUGAGAAAUGGACUUUAAAUGAUCCAUAAUGCACUGUUAAAACCCAAUCAUAGAAGCAAACAGUUUUUCCAGGGGUGAGCAUGAACAGAAGCAUAAAAUAAAUUAAAUACAAAACCUUUUGUUUUCUUCUGAUUUGUGACGAGGAAUCUAUUUAAAUAGAAUAACUGCUAAUGGCAAAUUUUACCAAACUGUAAAAAAUAGAAAAUUUCUCCCCCACAUAAGGGUGAUUUUAUGUAAAAAUAUUGGCCUUUCAAGUAGAACAGAACUCAUAUCUUGUUAUUUAAGAGAUGUUUAAAAUUUUGAACUUUUUCUACCUUCUGCUGUUUAAAGGUUUUAAACAGGGUGUCUCCCAUAUUAAACAAAAUAUUUCCCCCCCCCCAAAUAGAAUAUCAGUGUUAAGAUCUAAUUUCCAGACACUUUUGGGGCACUGUAAUUUCAACAACUCUGAAAUCUUUUUGGCGCUGCUUCUCAUUCAUUUUAAGGCUUCUCCGAUUUGUGCUCAUUCCAAAUUAACCCAUUUAUAGAAUCUUUCUUCAUCAUCUAAAUGGUGUGUUGCUGAAUUUAUCGUGGUAUAUAAUCCUGGAUUAAAGUCAGGAAUUUCUUUCUAUAGAAUUGUCUUAUCAAUGUUUGUGUAGUGAGGUCCUUAUCAAGAAACUCUUGAACAGGAGAAUGUGUCCUAAAAGAUUGUUGAAUUCAUUCUUGAUCAGAUAGAAUUGAACCUGAAUGUGAACUGUUAUUUACUUUUUGUACAUCUUUAUUGUGAUACUUCCAGAUGGACUGGCUAUUUCUAGGCCAUUGGUUCUUUUUCAUGUUGACAGAUGGUAGGCAAUUCCAAGAGCAAAAAUGGUAGAAGCAGUGGUAGGAUAGCCAGAGUUCUUCAGGAACACCAAAAGCUGUACCUCAGUAUUUUGGGUUAAGCCUUCUACCAGAUUUUGUCUGAAGGAAGGACGAAUGGAAAGAAUGUUCUGCCUUGAGGUUAAGUAGCAGGAGCGUAUGAACUGAGCAGAGUGAUUUGGUGUAGUGUAAGUCUAUGCAAAAACCCUUUUAUCAGUUAUGACUUGAGCAAGGUAAAAAAUGAUAUGUAGUUUAUUGUGCUAUCUAGCAUCCUGAUUUUGGACAGUUUCCAUUUUGUAGGUUUUGCUACACUUUUGUAAGGACUUACACUGACCCCUUGGCUAUCAAGCAAACAGGGCGACUGAAAGUGGCAUUUCUGUUUUCAGGAAAGAAGCGCUUAGAGGUGUGACCAUGAAGUCACAUCUUGUACAGUCUGCUCAUUCGCAUGAUCUAGUUUCAUCUGUAAUAAUAUGGCCACAAACUGGACAAAAAGCUGAGCAUUUAGAUUUAAAAAUGGAUUUCCUUGACUCCAAGCUUGUAGCAGUAGAUCUAAAUUUUGUUCAGUCUGAUAGUAUUGCAGUCCUGGGAAUUUUGAGAAUUGAAAAACUGGAAGGAAAUUAAAAAAAAAAAAAUCAAACAUACCUUGAAGUCAAGGUGUUUUCAAGUGAAAUAUUUUGUGUACAGUGUGUUUUUACAAAUAAAGAUUCUGUAUAUCAUUAUGGUAUUUCGAUUUUGUUUAGUUUUAAUUGAAAAUGUUUGUUCUUAAAAUGGAGAGAUACUGUUGGAAAGCAGGACGAAGCCCGAGCCAGUGGAAACGCUUGUUCCGGAAAAAGUAUUUUGUGUUAUUGCUGUGGUGUGCAUGGUUUGCAGAGAUUAAGUGCAUUUUCUCUGUCUAUACUGAUUAUUGUAUAUAGGGGAUGUUAUAAAUAUGCAUUUUUGUCAUCAUCAUGUAAAUCCCAUGGUUUCAACUGUAAACAUCUGUCCAAUGGUGUAGCUUUACAAAUCCUUCACUGAUUUUGUGUAACUUAACAAUAGAUAUGAAAUAAAGUUUAAA